GACAACCAAGUUGGGCUCCUUCGGCGCGCUCGUGCGUAUUCGUGUCUCCGACUUCAGGCACUUCCCUCGUUCCCGCCUCCUUCGAAAAAAGAAAAGAGAGGAGGGAGCGAGGGAGGGAGGGAGGGGAAGUGGGGGGAAACCCUCGAGGCUGUGGGGAGAUUAAAAACGAGGAGCGAGUAAUAAAUCAAUCCCCAGUUGCCUGAGGAAGGGCGGACAGAGACAGAGGCAGGGCACUGGGGGAGAGCGCUCCCGCCGGCCGUCGGAAUGCACCUGAAAGACAAAGUGGCUCUGGUCACGGGGGCAGCGCAGGGCAUCGGGAACGCCUUCGCCCGAGCCUUGCUGGAGAAGGGCUGCAAGGUAAGGAAGUGGGGGGCGAGGGACCGCGGCAUCUGGGCUCGCGCCUUCUCCGCGUCGCCUCCGCCUCGCUCCGAGGACGCAGCGACCAACCGGGCUCCUCCUCUGCGUGCGCGCCGUGGCUCCCGCGAAGCUAUUGGUCUUCCUCCCGCGUUUGCUGUGGGCUGUGAAGCUCGUGUGUGUGUGAGUGAGAGAGAGAGUGCCUGUUUCAAAGUAUGCUGCGUAUGUGUAAAAUGCAUACAUUUACGUGCUCAAAUGUAUCCACGGUGUCUGUAUUCGAAAUGAUACUUACCAAUGCUACAGACACGUGUACCUACACAGUAUACGUGUGUUUCUCUGUUUGCAUACACGUAUGUAUGCGUUUGCUUAGCCGUCACUAUAGAGACAAAACCUUAGCCAUAUAUACACUCAAGGUCAGAUCUAUUCCUAGUAAGUCAGAAAGAAGUCCCUUUGAAUUCAAUGGGCCUUAUUUUGUUUUGUUUUUAUUCUUUAGUUAUCAAAUAGGAUAUACUGCUAUUCAUUAAAAAGAAUCAGAGUACCUGUCUUGCCAGGAAAGCUUUUAAUAUUUGAAGAAUUCUUGUAUUUUAAUAUUUUGCUGGAAGCCGCCCAGAGUGGCUGGGGAAACACAGCCAGAUGGGUGGGGUAUAAAUAAUAUAUUAUUAUUAUUAUUAUUGUUGUUGUUGUUGUUGUUGUUGUUGUUGUUGUUGUUGCCAGAGGCAAGGUGGUUCUUUUAAAAUGAGAUUGAGAAGUAAUACAAAAUAUGCAAGUGAGUAAGAAGAUUAAAGAUUUUAUUCUAAAACAGCAAGCGAUGUAUACAUACCAAGCAAGCAGUUCAAUCUGCCGCUUGGAAGAGACUCUCCCAGGUAGCCUCAGUUUGUAGGGCCCUGCGGCCGAUCAGUCUGUGCACCAGCUUCAAAGAAACUCUGCCCAAACCAUCCAAUUUUAUAGAUAGCAUUGCCAGACUCUGGCUUGCCAGACUCUGGCUUGCCAGACUGGCCAUGUGCCGAUGAUCCAUUAGCCACCCCCUCCCAAUGCCUCACUUUCUCAAAACCAUGUCCAACAUCAAAGAAGGUACCCAGCAUAUCCUCCACACCUGAUUAAGGCAGCUGUGUGGGGCUCCCAACUCUCUCAGGACAUUAAAGACUGUUCUCAUACCAUCAAAAAGCUUAACAUAAGCAAGGGAGGGGGAAGGAACAGAGGCAGGAAUAACCAUGUCAGAUCACUAACUCCUCUCAAUACAUUUUGUCUUCUGGGUGCAUUUCCCAUACAGUAGUUUGCAGCAAUUCUGCAUUAAAAGCUAUUUAAUCAAAAUUAAAAUCAGAAGCCAACUAUCUAUUGUGGAAAGAUAAGAGUCUUAAUUACCUGCAUAAGCCUAAUACAAUAAUAAUAAUAAUAAUAAUAAUAAGUUUUUAGCUGGUGUUUAAAAGUUGAAACAGAAGGUGCCUUACUACCUGGCAAGUUGUUUUGCACAUGCACUCAAAGAUGCUUACUAGGAAGCGAGUCCCAUCUGACAUAGUGCCAUUUACUUCUGCAUAAACAUCCAUUGUAUUGCACUGUUAGACACACGAAGCAUCCGGCAAAUAUUAAACACUUUAAAUGCCUAUUGACUUAAUUAGGAAAGAUGGAAGCACAAGCUUAAUCUUCCCUUUGAACAGGACAUAAAAGUGCUUGUUAGCUGGAUCAUGCAUGAACUUUAUGGGCAGUGUAUGUCUAGUAUAUACAUUGUAUACUGAAUAACAUGUAAACAUAAUUUCUUCACACAUUAUCUUAUGUAAUGCUAAGCAGCAGACUUUGGUAAUUUUUCGGAAUAUGGCACACUGUGCAAGGCCAAAAUUUGGCACCCCCAAAUGGAUCUUCUCAAUUAUGGAUUAUCUCAGUUUGGUGCCCCCUCUGAAGGGAACCACCUGUACUACCCAAAAUCUCGUGCUGCCUAGAUAGUCAGUCUUCUUAUUACCCUCUAAAACAGAUCUUCCAUUCUCCCUAUGAAGAACAUAAUCAUUCUUUCUUAUCUCUCAUAAUCUUAUUGUCAUUAUCCUUUUCACUCAGGUAGCACUUGUGGAUCAGAAUGUGGAACGAGGAAAAGCAAGCAAAGAUGCCUUUGACAAGCAGUUUGAAGCACAGAGGACCAUAUUUAUUUCUUGUGAUGUUUCAAGUGAAGAAAAACUAAAAGGUAAAGAGGUGUGUGUGUGUGUGUGUGUGUGUGUGUGUGUGUGUGUGGGUCCCCUGCUGUUUAUCCUGUCAGAGUCAGGGGAAGAAAAUAUGUUAUAGAUAUAAAAUCUGUGCAGGUUAGGCUGUGGUGAAGAAAGCCGAUAUCCAACCAGGAUUUAUAAAUGUGUAGGAAAUCUACAAAUGUGAAACAAUAGCAAUGUGUUUCCUCAAUUGAAUUAGUUGGCAUAUUACAAAGAAAAAUAAAUUACAGGAUAUUUUGUGAUGUUUGUAUGAACCCAAUAUGUGAAAAACUGUACCGUGUUUUGUUUUAUUCUUAAACUUUAAUACAGAACAUUCCCACCUAGUCCAUGACAUUAGAUAUUGAAAUAAGCAUUAUAAAAAAAUGAAAUUGAAAGCCAAUUAUCAUAUGUAGGGAAGAGAGAUGAAAACAUUUAUUUCAAAACAGCUACUUGGUAUUAAACCCAGUAGUAUGGUUUAACAUUAAAGGUAGCACUUCCUCUCCCAUUUAUGCAUAACUAACAUCAUUUUAGUGUCCCCAAAUUUAAAAAGCCAUUUACAGUGCAGAUUGAAAAGCUGUUCUUAGUGUCUGGAGGAAUUGAGACUUGUUGGGAGUUUAGAGUUGUGUGCUGUAAUCUUAUGCAUAUUUACAUAGAAGGAAGCUGACUUCUAAAUGGCUACAAUGGGACUUUGCUCAGUGCAGAGAACAUUUCAGCAACUGAUAGCAUUUAAUACAAGUUGUUAUUUCACACAUUUGUUCAGCAGUCCAAAUAAGUAACACAGAAGCCCAUAAAACUUGGACCGAGAGGCUUUUCAUGAAAGAUUCUGUCUGAAUUUUGUUUUUUGUUAUAACUCUUUAUUAGCUGUAUUAGUCUUCCUGGUACUAUUUUCUGAACAGGAAUGUGUGGUUAUGUGAUCACCAUUUUUUUAAAAAAGAAAAGAAAACAGGUACUUACCUCAGAAAAACAAUAGAGCAGAAAGAUUUGGUGGGAGAUGGUUUGUAAGGACUUAUAAAUUGUAAUAUUGGUCUAAUGAAAACCAUACGGUUUAUAAUUUGCACUAUAUGAAUAAUGAUUUAAAUUUGUUGCAUUUUUAUUGAAUGAAAAUUAAAUUGGAAGAAAAAAAACAGUCAUUGGCAAAUACACAAAGUAGGAUAUUAAUCAAAAUACUAGAAUAGCAGGAUUCUUUUCAGUUAAUGGGAGGGUUUUGGUAUAGUCACACUUUCUUAUAAGAAAGUGCAUAGGUUAAAACUAUGGAAUUUGCUCCCACAGAAAGUAGAUGGCCAUUAACUUGGAUGGCUUUAAAAGAGACUGGAGGAUAAAGUUUUCAACAGCUAAUUACCAUAUUUGCUAUGUUCUGCCUCCACUGUUGGAGACAGUAUGCUUGCAAAUGCAAUUUGCUGGAAAUUUCAGGUCAGGAGAGCAUAGUUCUGCUCGGGUUCUGCUUUUGGACUUCCCACUGGCAACCAAUUAGCCACUGUGAGAACAGGAUGCUAGACUAGAUAGGCCAUUGGACUGAUCCAGCAGGUGGCUCCUGUGUCUAGUAGCAGUCAUGCAUUGCCCCAGUUAUAAUCCAUUUAAAGUAAAAUAACUGAGUCUACACAAAGUAGCUGCUUGCAAUGCUAACAGGUGGGGAAACACUUCCUAAUAGAGAGAGCUAUCUCUAAAUGCAAAACAAAAACAAAACACAGAAGCGUACACUGUGGUGUAGCCAGUGUAAUGUAGUUGUUAGGAGCAGUAAUCUGGUGAACUGGGUGUGUGUCUCCGCUCCUCCACAUGCAGCUGCUGGGUGACCUUGGGCUAAUCACUUCUCUGAAGUCUCUCAGCCUCACUCACCUCACAGAGUGUUUGUUGUGGGGGAGGAAGGGAAAGGAGAUUGUUGGCCGCUUUGAGACACCUUAGGGUAGUGAUAAAGCAGGAUAUCAAAUCCAAACGCUUCUUCUGUCAGCCUAGCAGGAUUGUACAACUAUGGCUGGUGGUAAAGCUAAAUCAUUUCUAGGUUAUGGGAUUUAAGGGGAUGAGUUGACAAUAUCUAGGAAUGAAGCAGUUUGUGGACUCUUGGUGCAAAUAUUUGUCUAUUAAUUAUCAUGGACCCUAGAGAACUAUUGGGGGGGAUAGAUCUUUAGUAACAGCUUUAGAAAGGAGAUAAUAAUAAUAAUAAUAAUAAUAAUAAUAAUAAUAAUAAUAAUUUAUUAUUUGUACCCCACCCAUCUGGCUGGGUUUCCCCAGCCACUCUGGGCGGCUUCCAUAGAAACAAAAAAUACAGUAAAAUAUCACAGAUUAAAAGCUUCCCUGAACAGGGCUGCCUUAAGAUGCCUUAUAAAUGUCAGGUAGCCAUUUAUCGCUUUGACAUCUGAUGGGAGGGCGUUCCACAGGGUGGGCGCCACUACCGAGAAGGCCCUCUGCCUGGUUCCCUGUAGCUUUGCUUCUCGCAAUGAGGGAACCGCCAGAAGGCCCUCGGCGCUGGACCUCAGCGUCCGGGCAGAACGAUGGGGGUGGAGACGCUCCUUCAGGUAUACUGGGCCGAGGCCGUUUAGGGCUUUAAAGGUCAACACCAACACUUUGAGAUAUCAAGAACUAGUCAAUUUUUGCUCGAUUAAUAAUUUCCUUAAUCUGUGAUUGUAUUACAGAUUAUGUCUAUACAUUAAAAAACCACAAAUCAUAUCAUUUUGUUCUGAAAGGAUUAACCUGUAUAAUUACCAUCCUCUGAUGAUAAUUCUGUAUUCAUAUUUACUUAAACACAUUGGAAUCUGCAUGAGGAUCCUACUGUUCACAUGGAAACAAAUCCUAUCAUGAGCACCAGGAACCCCUUUACUAAUUCGGUUUUUCAUCUUUGCAGACACUAGGGUUACCUAAUGCUUUGCUCUGAAACAAAACACAAAGCCAGAUUCAGGGAGGCCAUUCCUCCGGCCCCUACCUAAAGAGCCCUACAAAAACUUUUAUGUUACCAAGGGACAGGCAAGACUAACAUACCAACAUUGAGGGGCUGAAUCAAUUUAUCCAUUCAAUUGAUAAAAUGUUAUCAUACGAUACAAAUAUACUUUAUGAAGAAUUAAGGAAGUGCUAUAGAUGAGUACAAUUCUUUGUAUUCACAUUUAAGCAAAAUUCAUACUUUAGAUCAUGUUGUUGCCAUCAUUCUAGAAUGAUGAAUUGUAUGGAAAUAAUGAAAAAAUAUAUUUUCACUCUAACCCCUAUUUGCUUGCAGAUGCUUUUAAGAAGGCAUUUGAACAUUUUGGAAAGCUGGAUAUUGUGGUUAACAAUGCUGGAGUGAAUAAUGAAAAAAACUGGGAAAUCACAGUCCAAGUUAACUUGGUAAGCUUAAUUCAUACAUUAAAUAUUUCCAUUUAAAAAAAAAAAACCUGUACAGCAUUAUAAAUGCUAGGAUCGAUGGCCACUAACAGUUUUAAGAUUGUUGCCCUGUACGCAGUUACUCUGGACUAAGUCCCAUUGAACGUAGUGGGAUUUGAAAUACUAUGGAGAUGAUCGUACUGUACAGAACCUGUGCAACAGUGAGGAUGAGGAUGAGGAACAUAGUGUGCAUGUUUACAGUAGUACCUUGGGUUAAGAACUUAAUUCGUUCUGGAGGUCCGUUCUUAAGCUUAAACUGUUCUUAACCUGAGGUACCACUUUAGAUAAUGGGGCCUCUCACUGCCACUGUGCCACCGCCGCAUGAUUUCUGUUCUCAUCCUGAAGCAAAGUUCUUAACCUGAGGUACUAUUUCUGGGUUAGCGGAGUCUGUAACCUGAAGCGUCUGUAACCUGAGGUACCACUGUACUUACUUCCAAUGGCACUUCCUUCCAGGUAUGCAUACACAGAAUUGUGGCCAGAAAGAAGUUCACACUUGGCUUAGUGGUUUAAUAACUAUGUAAAAGUGCACCUGAAGUAAUAAUACAAUGCUAAAUUCUGUCUUCUAGUACGCUACAUUUCUUACAAGACAAAGUUAAAUUGCAGUUUCAUUUACUUGUAAUCGUUGCUUGUACUGCUAUUUUAGUAUGACAAACUAAACUGCAUCUCAGUGGCUGGGUAUGGUGAUGAAAAAAUACUGGCAGAUAGAUCCAGCAAUGAGCACUGUGAGCAUUGUGUCAGUACUCUGCUGAAACCUGGCUGGUCUCCAGGAAUGAUUACAUACUUAUUUACUUUUGAUAUUGCCUCAAUAUGUAAAGCACAAUUCAAAUGAAAAGCAGGACCUAAACAAGGUCAUUGUCCUAGUUUCAAGUACAAAGGCAAUAAACAGCACAGUACAAAACUCUAUAAACUAAAACAAAUAAAGGAGAGGGUGUCGGCCUUAAGACCACAAUGAGCUUUUGAAAAGAAGGAGAAAGGUAACAAAGAAUGGUGUUUUAAUGUCCCCUAGGGUAGUACAAGAAAAUGCAGAAUAAAACAAAACAUGUGAAAACAGAUUGCUCAAAAUGAUCGAGAGCUUCAUUUGUGCAUAUUUCAUAACAGCAACAGUGUUUGUGCAGGCUUGUUCACAUGUUGCACUGAAUACACGUAUAAGCUGUCUCUACACAUGCACAAGUGUUUGUGUGAAAGAGUGUACACUUGUACAGCUCAACUACUGUGUACACAUUCAAAUGUUACAUGUGAAUAACUGUGAGUGUAGAGCUCAACUAUUUGUGUACACAAAUUUUACAUUUGUUGAAUGUAACUUGUGAACACACCUUAUAUAAUUGGCAUUAGAAUGUCCUAUCAGGGAAACAGGCUUAAACUGAAAGUCUUAUACAGUAUCUGAUUUCUCAUUUAAGGUGUGAAAAGUAAGUCCGUAGUAAGCAUGGUUAGGAUUCCAUUCUUAAAUCUCAUAAUGAAGUAGCUUAAUAGCCUAAAAGAUUGCAAAAGGCCAUAGAUUCAUGGCACAUAGAACACAGAAGCAGGCUGAGUCUAUGGCAUGUUCAGUUUCAAAGAUUUUAAAAGUCUAGUAAACACUUUGGAGACCUGUUGCUGGUCAAGUUAGUUCUAGUUUAGAUGAACUAGUGGUUUAUCUCAGCAUAAGGCAGCUCAGUAUACAGUAUUGGUGGUGGUGGUAGUGGUAGCCAUCUGUCACAGGAGACAGUGCCUCCAUUGGUGAAGUCAGACCACUGCAUAAGCAGUACCAACAUGACCUCCCUGGGGCACAAGCCUGGGCAGUGUGUAUGAAGGUCCUGGGCUUCCCAGAUGACCCUCCCCACUUGGCUUUGCUAAUGUGGUCCAAAGGAAAGCAGAGCAAUAUGUUUGGCACCAGCUUGACUGCAGGUGUUGUCAGAAAGAGAUGUACAAGGCACCAUCAACUGUGUUUGGAUUUGAUAUCCCGCUUUAUCACUACCCGAAGGAGUCUCAAAGCGGCUAACAUUCUCCUUCUUCCCCCACAACAAACACUCUGUGAGGUGAGUGGGGCUGAGAGACUUCAAAGAAGUGUGACUGGCCCAAGGUCACCCAGCAGCUGCAUGUGGAGGAGUGGAGACGUGAACCUGGUUCACCAGAUUAUGAGUCCACCGCUUUUAACCAGUACACCACGCUGGCUCUCUGUCUUAGGGCUCCAUUCCAAAUUUGUGUAGGUUUUACUCCUUAGCCUUUUCUUUUCCCAAAGAUAUCCUGCAAGGCAGCAGAUACAGAUUUUCCCUGGGGUUUACUCCCAAAGCCCUUAUCAGGAAACAGCAUAGCCGCAAGGCAUCAGAGAUUAUGGAUCAGGGUAUUCCUUAUCCUCAAUGAGCUACUUUCCUAGGGUAACGAGCCCCAUCUGCCCCGCAUUUUCCUCUACAGUGCAUGCUGAAAUAGCCGUCUUGACCAUUGGACCACUAUUGGUCUUGUCCAGUCAAUCUGCCAGAAGCCCAUAACUAACCAAGGUUUUGAGACCCAUCAGCUACCCUCUCCUGGUUUAGCCAGCCAGUCAAAGCCCUUUCCCAGGUAUGGCCACUGUCACAUGCUGACAGCUUCUAGAAGCAAAGAAGGAGCUUGUGUCUCCCACCAGAGGUACCACCCCUCCCCUAACACCCCAGACAGCAUAUACUGUACAUUAUAUGAGCUGUUAAUUAGUAUCAGCUAAUCAGUAAAGUGGUUUGCACUUUGUAGUGAUGAUUAUAUGCCUGCUGUUUUCAGGAUGAAGGCAGUGACUUCCACAGCUUUUUAUGUAUUCCUGUCCUUUGCUGAAUCUCUAUGCCAGGCAUAGGCAAACUUGGCCCUCCAGAUAUUUUGGGACUACAACUCCCAUCAUCCCUAGCUAACAGGACCAGUGAUCAAGGAUGAUGGAGGUUGUAGUCCCAAAACAUCUGGAGGGCCAAGUUUGCCUAUGCCUGCUCUAUGCAACUGAUUACAUAUUUUUUUUAAAAGCAAUGCAUAAGCCAAAUCUGCUGUUAGUAAGAAAUGGAAAUGCUCAAAGGCAUUUUAAAGAAGGCGAAUUUUGAUUGCAUGUGGUUUGUUCAGGCACGUUUUUAUUCAAUUAACUGGUAGACCAAAACAAUAAUUGUUCCCUUUUAUACAUCUAUUAGUUCCCUUAUGUAAACUCCUUACACACACAUACUAGAGGCAAAAACUGGAUAACAAAACAUAUUGUCCUGUCGCAUCUCACAAAAAUCAUCCUGACACAGAACCUUCUCAUGCAGGAUUUAAGAUAAAGUUGGUAAGAGAGAGCAAAAUAUUGCCUUUUAAAUGGACUUUGCUGCUGCAUGACUCAGUCUUGAUUUUUAUAGCUUCAUUGUGAUAUUAAUUGAUAAUUUGGGAUAUAUAGCAUUAACUUUUGUAUUUUGUUUGCUACUUUGAAUAUUUUUAUAGCAAGACAGUAAAGCUAUAUUAAAAUAAAUAAAAAUAAAUAACAAACCACGGGUUUUUAAAUUUUGAGUUCUAUUAAAAAUUAAUGGGGAGGGGAUCUUGCCCUUCAGUGGGAACUUUAGUACUUUAGUAGAAACUUUAGUAGAAAAUAUAGAAAUAUUUUCUACCCAAAUUAAGGAAAGUUGAAAGUACUUCAGUUUAAAUGGAUCUACCCUUAGUUGUGAAUUGAUCACUGGUUAUUACUAGUGUAAAGAUUAGCAAAUGUGUGCUGUUUGUUGUAGAACUAUCAGGCAAAUGACACAUAGGAUAAGCUGGUGUCUAAAUGCUACUACGUACAAAAUUAGCAUAAGCUACUAAGGCUUUUAACAAGCAUUUGUGUUGAAAAGUGUGCAGAUGUUCAUAAUGUUCACAAUGAAGAAAGAUGGUAGUAAUAUGCUUGACAAAUGAAAGGGUAUAGGAGAAAAAUCUGUUAAUGGGAGGUGUGCCUAGAGGGUGAUGUUGAGACAGAGGGUAUUUACUUGAGUUCUAGGACUGAUGAAGGGUUACAUAUGGCAGGAUACCCACACCUCUAGAUUUUCCUCUUCGAAACUGGAUGACAUAAGAGGAAGUUGACAUGAUGCGUUUCUUCUUCUUCAUAAUUUUGCUUGCAUCAUAAUGAGUGAGACAGGCCUGGUGGUAAAUGUUCAUAUUCAUACUUGCAGGACUAGAAGCUGCCAGAAAAAAUAAUAAUUAUGCAACUGAAAAGAGCUAUUGGGGAAGUCAGUUAUGUCCUGGUUAAGAAGUGGAGAGCAUUUGAAAGACUUGCUUUGGAUGAGUACAAGAUCCAGGGCCAGGGGGUGGGGCAUGUAGACAAUCCAUAUGUGAUGAACAAGGAAAUCCGAGUCACUUAUUAUUCUUCCUGUCACUAGUUCUUCAGAGUGCUCAAAGCAAAUGAGUACCCAGAACAGACAUCAGAGAGAAGACAUGCUGUGCAUAACAUUAUGAUUACUUUUUGCAUAUUCAGACCCAGAGACCUCCCCCCUAAAUAAAUUCACACAUGACUCAAAUUUUAGUUUUGUUUUUUGGCAGAAUUUAGGCCACAACUUUAUUGAUUACAGAAGGUGAGUGGUUGCAUAGGCUCUGGUUCGACUAUCUCCCUGCACCCUUGGAGGCAGCGCUGACCCAGGGCACCAGCAUAAGUUAGUCAAGAGUGAACACCUGGGAAGGUGAAAAGCCGGGAACAGACUCUGUUCACCACCCAGAUGCCCCCCUGGACUCAGGCACAACCCCCUCAUAGCGGUUGACCAAACCAGUUGAAUCCCUGGAUUCCUUUAAUAGAAUUCCCUUCACAUAGGGAUGACGAGACCGCUCCCCCACCCCUAUCGCUGGAACUAGUGCCUAUCCACAACCUUACAAGUUAUGACAAUUUGCUGCGCGGCAGGCGAAACCCAAAUGGCAACAGCCAAUCAGCCAAGUGGGCAAAUUCCUGCCGUGCCCCUGUCCCAGACAACAGACAACACACGACUGCAUAGCAAGGUCAAUUGCACAAUGCCCUAAAAAUAAGGAGAGGUGGGCAGGUGUUCCGAAUGCACAAGCUGAAAGAGGAAGCUCUGGGUCACGUGCAUGGGUAUAUAUAGGUCCCUUGAUCCAUUUGGACUGCGCCCCAUUGGUCAAAUUGAACCCAGCAAUGAGGGACCUACCAAUCGGGUGUUGUGGCUGAGCAAUCCAACCCAUCCACAAGACAGGAGGUUGGUCUCCAGGUCUCACCACAACAUGUGCCCUCUUUUAGGGAGGACACGAUUUAACCAGUACUGCAUACCCUGGUGUCUUAGCUAACUGAAGCGUAUCAUAACACUAGAACUCGUGGGAAUCCAUUGAAGCUGGCUAUUCAGGACAGACAGUCCAGGUGUCAUAAGAAAGCUGCAGAGAUAGUGCAGGAUAGUACGCACCCUGGAAAUGAUCUCUUUCAGCUUCUGCCUUCUGGAAGAAGGUACAGGGUUAUAAAGACUAGGACUAGCCGCCUGAGAAACAGUUUUUAUACAAAUGAGAUUUUGGUUUUAAGCACGGUAUAAGGACGGGGGUGGUGCUGUGGUCGAAAACACUGAGCCUAGGGCUUGCCAAUCGGAAGGUCGGCGGUUCAAAUCCCCGUGACGGGGUGAGCUCCCAUUGCUCGGUCCCAGCUCCUGCCAACCUAGCAGUUUGAAAGCACGUCAAAGUGCAAGUAGAUAAAUAGGUACCGCUCCGGCGGGAAGGGAAACGGCGUUUCCGUGCGCUGCUCUGGUUCACCAGAAGCAGCUUAGUCAUGCUGGCCACAUGACCCGGAAGCUGUACGCCAGCUCCUUCGGCCAAUAAAUCGAGAUGAGCGCUGCAACCCCAGAGUCGGCCACGAUUGGACCUAAUAGUCAGGGGUCCCUUUACCUUUACCUUUAUUAGAGUUUUUAGGGGGUUAACCAGGCUUGGAUAGCAGGCUUGUUGAUUUUUAAAUGCCUUAUGCAGAUAUUUUCAAUUUCGUUGUUCUGUAUGGGACAAUGACAAUAAAGAUUAUUGUAUCGUAUUGUAUCGUAUUGAGUACCUCUUCACACAACAGAUAGUUAAACUAUGGAAUUCAGUCCCACAAGAGGCAGUAAUGGCUUUGAAAGAGGACUGGACAAAUUCAUGGAGGAUAUCAAUACUUGGCUGUACUCUGUUUCCACUGUUGGGGGAAGCUGGAUAGCUGUUGAGAACAGGAUGCUGAAUUAGAUGGGCCACUAGCCUGGUCUUACAUUCUUAUGGUGCAGAAAAGCAGCGGAAAUUCUGUGAAAUGUCUUGUGUGGCAGUGGAGUUUCCAAACACCUGUUCAUGCAUACAGUAUAUGUGUGUUUACUUCUCCCUCGCACAACAGUUUCCCCAUCCAACUGCCAGGCAUGGGACAAUCAGCACUAAUUAUAUAUGUUAUUGACCCACCAAUCAAAGUUUGUAAAGAGUAAUGCUGAAAUUUACAAACUUUCUCCCCACUCCUGCCCUAGUUCUGCUAGGUUGUUCACAAUAGCUGUGCGAUUCUUGGAAACUUGCAACCCUUCCAUUAGUUUUGCCUGUACUGUAUAGUAAGGGCGUUCUAUACAUUUCACCUAUGCAUUUCAGACUACACGAACCACCUGAAUGAAGCCUGCUGACCACCAGUGGGCUGUAAACUAUAGUUUGGAACCUCUGGCCUAGAUAACCCUUUAAACAAGCUCUUGUACUUUCUACCGUUCUCGCUUAAACUGGUACAGUGACAGUAUUGGAGAAGCCCCUUCACUGUAGAGGGGAAGCUGACAAAGAGUUUCAAAACUGCAGAGGGAGUGGUGGGGAAGCUUGCAAGCUCUGCUUUUUGCAGCCUUUGCAAACAAUGCACAACUUCUUGCUGGAAUAACUGUGUGCAGCAGUUGCACACAUGUGUAACUUAAAUGACAAUUUCCUUCCACUCUCACAGCAAGCAUGGAGAGGUGUCUUCUCCACAGAAGUGAAAAUGAUAAGUUUUGAAGAUUCUUGGGCUUGCAGGCCUAAUUAGGUCCAUAAGGCUUUUUUGCUGAGCCAUCUUCAGAUGUGGAAAAUUGAAGCCAUGGCUGCUGCAAAUGAAGAAUCAGGAAUGUAAUUUAAAUGCACUCCCAAUUCUUCCUUUGCAGGCAGAAUGUGGCACUUUUAGAACCUGGUGCCUUUUUCUGUCAUCCUGCAUUCUGACAAAGGUGCAAAUUCAUGAUGACCAAGCCACCUACCUGUCAACCUAUGGAGGAUUGGUAGCUUUUGGAUCUAAUUCCCCUUCCCUUUUUUAGGGUUUCAGACUUCAUAGAUAUGGUACCUUGACAUGGGCAAAGUUGUUCUACAGUUAAUUUGUCAGGUACCUAGAAGGGCUCUAGGUCCAUUUGCCGUUAAUCAGAAUUUCUAGGAAAUCUAGAAGACCACUUAUAAGAGCUGAAGAUAAGGGGCAUUGUAAAAAAGGAGGCAGAUCAAAGUAUUGACACCUUAAUAAUUUAUUUCUAGAUAAUUUAUAUGUUUGAGGAAUACAAAGGGAAGCAACCACAGUGAUUUUAAACUUGUUGAAUAUACUUACUGAAAGUCUGAUUGUAACAGACUAAUGUCAGACUGAGAAGAGACUUAAGUGCGACACUUCCUUUGUGUUCUCUGUACCAGAUUUCAGUGAUCAGAGGAACAUAUAUCGGCUUAGAACACAUGAAAACUCAAAAUGGACAUAAUGGAGGAGUUAUUGUUAAUGUAGCAUCACUAGCAGGUAAGAAGUUUAUAUAGCUUAUUUCUUUUAAGGCUAUUUUUUGCAUUUCCAUUAGGUUGAAGACCAGUGAGAUUAUAUUAAUUUCUUAAAAACUGUCAGUUUGCAUUCCUUGGUACAAAAAGAAUUGGUUUAAAGUGUAGAGCUCUUUCCUAUUCUAAUUGACUCAAGAAGGUUCUGGAAGCUUCUCUGUGUGAUACAAGCUGGAAGUUUCUAGCUGCCACUAAGUUUCUAUUCUUCCCAAAAACAAGCGGAAGGUUCCAGAUGUUUGGGUUAUUCCUUUAGAGAAGCUGAACAGCUGGUUUAAACUGGUUCUGUUAUCUCUUUCACUCAUGGUGAUACUGACUAUAUAAUAAUAGGCCAGAAGGAGCAUGGUUUUCACUUUCUAUCUCUCUCUCAUUCUGGUGUGGUGUUCUGUAUAUAAUAUGCUAAAUGCUAAGUUAUUGUAAGUUUAGGUUAAGUCUGCUGCAACUGGAUUUCUUAUAGACUGUGCCAAUCCUGAAUGUAUUAGAUUUAUGACCAUUAUGCUCAUUUGACUUCAGUAGCAGUAAAGCUCUGCUGGAUGAAAUAUUGCCUCUUGUCUAUAUUUUGGGAAUCCUGCAAUGUGUUUUAAGUUUUUUUACUCUGCUAACUACACCUUGGAAUCUGCACUGGAUCAAUAUGAGCAGAAUUCAUUUUUUACAAUCAAACAGUGUAUAAAUUUUAUGAACUUAGAAGGAAGGAAGGAAGGAAGGAAGGAAGGAAGGAAGGAAGGAAGGAAGGGUGAGUGAGUCAGGGAACUGCCAUCAGCUCAGAGCCGAGAGGUGGAAGAGCAGUUGUGUUAUAGGGAACCUCCGAAAAUCUUGCGAAGCAGUUCCUCCUCUGGUGAGGAGGGAAGCCCCACCUCCAGUGGAGAGGAAGUGGUGGGAGCAGGGGAUGCUAGGGAGAGCCUCAACACUGAGCCUGAGCAAAUCGGAGGGGAGGGAAGUACCCCUUUGCCAGCGCCCAGUCUGCGCAGUAGGUUUAGGAUCAGGGAAGGGAAGGGAAGGGAAGGGAAGGGAGGAGAAGGUUGGGGGUCACAUGACUGUUAUGCUGGAGGAGGUAUAAGGACCGCCCACUCCCAGAUUCUGCUAGCAAGUGAGCCAGACAUGAACUUGUGACGCUCUUCACUGUAAAUAGUUUGCACUAAUAAUAAAGCCUGGAAAAGACAGGUCGGAGUCUUGCCUGUUUGCUCUCGAGCAACCACACCAGCACCUGACAGACAGAAAGAAAGAAAGAAAGAGAAAGUAUUUCUCCACAACGAAAAUGUGCCUUCGGCUCUCCAAAAUUCUGUUGUGGCAUUUGCCAAGUCAAAGCAUUAGUGUCAUCCGUCAACCAAAUAGGAGAAGAGAGCUCAAAAUACAGUAGAUCACUGUAUUUUAAAAUGUCAUUUGUUUAUGGAUGUUGUUUUAAACUUUUUAUAUUUUAAUUUUUUUGCAAGUCACCUACAGACUCAUGGAUUUGGGCUACUAACAAAUUAAAUAAUAAUUGCACUUUUCAGUAUGCAGUAUAGCAGCAGUGCUAACAAUGAGAAGUUAAGGACUUGUAAUCUGUCUUAUCUAUGAACUUCCUGUCUCUUGUAGAGGGUGCUAUGACUAUGUGUUCAUCAAACAUUAUUAUUUCCAGUUCAAGUAAACAUGGGAAGUUAUACCAGCAAAACACAAAACAAAACCCACCCAAAUGCCGAAACUAUAAUAGCACACACCACAGAGAAGUGAAUAGCUCUUGCUCCAGGCAAACACAUAAGAACAAUAAACUUCUCAUUUUUAUUUUCUUAACAUCCAUGAACUUAAUGAAAGACUCUGACAGAACUUAACCAUUUGUAAAUAACUUCAAAGUAUAGCUAUAGUAUAAAGUCUUACUUUCUGAUGUCCAAAAAUACUAACUGUAGCAUAUACAACUACAAAAAUGCAAAUACAUAUGUUUAGAAACAGAUCGUAUCCAUUUCAUUUAUUUAUUUUGAAAUCUUUAUAAGCUGCCCUUCACCUACUAAGGGUGGAGUCUAGUUCAUAGUUUAAACAAACCAUACAAUAAAAUGCUAAAACAAUAAAACCUAUAUCAAAAUAAACAGAGGCUGCUGAAAGCAAAACAACAGCGACGGAGUCAAACAGCAAAACCCUUAAAAUGCCUGAGAAAAUAAUUAAGUCUUGAUCUGGUGCCAAAAUGAUAACAAUGUCAGCGCCAGUUACACCGCUAAGAGGGGAGGCAUGUUUCACAGGACCUCGAUCCUCAGGGACAGGGUUGGCUGCAUGCCAUCUAAAGUUCCCCACAAUUCUCCCAAGCAACUUUAUGUUAAAGUGGUAGCUGCCCAGUUGAUCAAUGGGGCAAGCCCACUGUAGGAAUCCCACAGGUGCAGGAGGGAUCCCACGGAAGAACUUGGCUGAUACAUGGGAUCUUACAAGGCUCACUUUAUGCAUGUGGAUUAGCCUUAAUUUUUUUUGUCUUAAUCCAACUCUGAUUAGACCUUCAUAUCCCUCCCCAUGGUGAAUUGUUUGCCACAUGCUGAGGGCACUGUUUUGUGGACCUUGGUAGCACCCACGUGUGGAAUGAGCCACUUUGUGAAAAAUCAUGACUUGUGUUUGUGAUGGAAAGCAGCCCUUAUAUCUGCCCUAAUAUCACUUCUGAAGUGUUCAUUUUCAAACUAUUCUCUGUGUUGCUUUGAAUACCACAUGAAUUGGAAAAGCAAUUAAUAAGUUGUAUAAAAAAUAAUAGCCCAUCUUUCCCACCUUCUAUUGCAGCAAAAACCUUAAAAUAAACAUAUAAAACCAGAAAUGUUUACUUAUGUAGGCUCAGUUCUUUUUAGUUUCAUUCAGUAUUAGUUAUCAGGAGUGAUGCUCAUUUUAAUAAAUAUUUGUAACUGUUUUCCUUUCCAUUGUUAAAGGACUUAUGCCUGUUGCAUUCCAGCCAGUGUACUGUGCUUCAAAGCAUGGGGUAAUUGGAUUUACACGUUCAAUAGCCGUGAGUAUGGGCAGCUGAAGAAUUCUCAUAAUUUUCCUCAUGACAAACUCACCUUGCUAUUUUCCCUCCUCUCAUCUAUAAAAUAACUGCAUUAUCUGAAUAUCUUAGCUAUUCAAAGUAACUAUGCUUUAUAAAUAAAAAUUAAUCUUGCUGCUUCAGAAUCUGGUUGCCAGGAUUUCUGAAUGUCUUUCAGCUCGUUAAAGUGACAGCAAUGCUAAGAGAAGCAUCUGAAUUGGGGAAAACCUAAAGCCACAAAGGAUGGGCUAGUUCUAGUUCUGAGAAACAUAUUUUGUGACAGUAGUCAGUUUAUUUGAGUGUUACAUAAAUACUAUCAUACACCUGCCUGCCUUAAAUAUGUAUUGCAUUGGCAAAUGUUGAUCAUACAAUAUGCUUCCUAGUCUCUGAUAAUUAUUGUUAUAAGUGAUCAGCAACUGGAUUCCCCAACACCACCAACACUUAACAUGUCUGCCAUUUUCCUGUAGAUGGCUUCUGAGGCAGCGAACUAUGGUGUACGAAUAAAUACCAUCUGUCCUGCUUUUGUCAACACACCAAUUCUUCAGUCAAUAGACAAGGAAGAAAACAUGGGUCAAUAUGUUGCAUACAUUGACAAGAUCAAAGAUAUGAUGGAAGUCUACGGCGUAUUGGAGUAAGUAAAGUAGGCACAAUGGUAUUUGUCAGAUUACCCACCGCCUUACAGGACAAGUUCGGGAGAAGAAAAGGCUAAGGAGUAAACCCUAAACAAAUACAGAGUGGAGUUCCUAAAACGGUUGGAUGGUGUCUUGUACGCUUCCUUCUGGCAACUCCUGCAGCCAAGCUCUGCUUUCCUUUGGGCCACAUCAGCGAGGGCAAGGGGGUGGGUCUUGUCAUCUGGGCAGCCCAGGAUCUCCAUACACACUGCCCAGGCUUGCACCCUGGGGAGGUCACCGUGCCGCUGCGUAAUGCAGCAAAAACAACACAGGAAGCAGCAGGAACCAACACAGGAAGCAGCAGGAAACUGCAGCCACAGCGGGUGCUGUGAUUCUCCAGUGUUUUACUUCGCCACUAGAGGCACACUCCAUGGUCUUUCGAGGUAGACAGAUGCCAAUUCAGCCUAAUAGAAAUUAUUUAAUAAUACUGGAAAGAGCUAUAUUCCUGUUUUCCUGUAAUCAAAGCACUUAAAAGUGCAUCAGCAAAGUUUUAGAGAAAGAAAACAGACAAAAAAACCAGCAGUAGGUCAUACCAGACAGGUCUCAACUUUACUUAAGGAGUCUCUACAACAUGCCAGCUAUUAGGAGUACAGUCUGGGCCGGGGGUGGGGGUUAGACCCUUUCUCCUCUCUCCCAUCCCAUGUUCUCUUUCACUGAACUGUCAUCGCCAUUCUGUAAGCUCACAUGCUCUUGUGAGGCAGAUUGUAUUUAAAGAAUAGACUUAGUUAACAGCAGACAGGGGACCUAUUCUGACAGAGUAUCUGAUUCUUAUCACUUAAAUUCAUUUUUAGACCAACACUAAUUGCCAAAGGAUUGAUACAAAUCCUUGAAGAUGAUUCACUAAAUGGACAAGUUAUGAAGAUAACAACGAAGCGAGGAAUUCAUUUUCAUGAAUAUAACACAGCACCCAUUGAAACAGGGAAUUCUAAUUUGUGACUGUUUUCAUUCCUGAAAUGAAAUUGUUUUGAGUUGUAAAGCAAUGCUAAUGGUACACCUGAGUUCUAAAUAUUGCUGCCAAUAUUCCUUGUGUGAGGAAUUAGAUACAAAACAAACAUGAUUUUUUAUAUUAAUUUUUUAAUUUUAGAAGUUUAGUUCUUAACUUAAUAUGAGGCUGCAUUCAGAUGGCAGUUUAUUCGAUUCUCCUGAUGUUUCCUUCCCUGAUAAUUUCCACACUUCACUAGAUCUUUCACACAAUGUAAAAGCCACUUCUAGAAAUCUAGUGGAAUGUAGUUUAGCACUCAUCCCCAUGUUAAUUCCUUCCGGGGGGGGGGGGGGGAUCCAUUUGCAGUCCUGGAAAACUGAAAAAUCGCAGGAGUUUUGCUCACAUAGUGAACUUUUGGGUGGUAAUUUGACAUACUGAGGGGUGACUCAUGGGGAAAACAGGAGCACCCAUGUGUGGAAAGGGUGGGGAAGUAGUUAUCACAGUUAGUUUGACACUAAGCAAAACACAGGUCAUCUGUGGAUUCAAGCCAUGGUGUGAAAUACAGAAUUAAACCAUAUAUUUGGGACAGUUUGUCUGUUUGCUAUGCAUCUGCAGAUAUCUUAAGCUAUCAUAACCAAAUUUUGCAUGAUGGUUCCUGAGAUCAAGUAACAGGGCCUCAUCUGUGUUUGGGUACAAUUGGAUGCCAUUUUGAGUCAAUAUGGUAGACUGAACCGUUCUGAACUGCACUGAUUUUAACCACUGAUUUCAAAGCUGCACUGAUGGGGGGAGGGGGUCGGAUCGUAGAAUUCCUGAGCAAUGCCAGGGCCAAGGCUGCUACUACCUAAUAUUUUAAAAUUUAAAAAGGACAUUUUGUAAGUUACUCUCUCUUUAAAGAAAGCUUGUAAAGGGUUAAUAUCAAUAACUACUUAAGGAUCAUAUUACUGAAUUUUGUGGUUCAGAAACCUUGUAUGUGGCCUGUGUAGUUACUGCAAAGAAAAUAAACUUU